AUGGGCUCGUCUCAGUCCGCAUCCACGUGUAAGGAAGACAAGAAGGGCAUUGUCGUAGAAAACGCCCCCAAAAUAAUAAAUUAUGAUGAAACUGUGCGCCAAUUUCUUUGCUUUCACUUCUUUUGCAAACUUCGGGGACCGAGUGAGAAAGAGAGGACUGAACUUGAGAAAAAAGUGAACGAGGAAAUUGAGACGGAAGUUGAUCCCAAACGUCAGGCGAAAGCCCUCAAAUUUGCUCGAAUUCUCUACUUCAAUGAAGACGCCUCGAAAGCGGAGAAGAAGAAUGAAGCUGAUAGGAAAGCACUUGAACUUGAGAGAAAGCCUAUCCCCAUCAUAUUCCGCAUGUAUGAUUGGGGAAAUCCAGCACCAGUCGACUUCACUGAACGUGUCAUGAGACAGGAGGAUCGAAUCGCUCUUUGUGUUGCUCUUCAGAACUUUGAUAAGUAA